AUGCCAUCGUCCAACAACUCGGUGGUUCCGUUACCACUCUCGAUGGCAUCUGAACGAGACAAGGAGGCCUCAAAGGCUGUUGUUGUGAGUGGAGAGAAAAUCACUCAACAAACUCUGCACGGAGUAGACCCUAAAGAUGAUAAGGCAACAGUUACAACAACAACGGAGCAAGAAAUUGAGGCUGCUACUCAUCAAAUCCGAUUCGGAACAAUGUCAGAGGUCGUGAACAAUCCAGUACGACCUCAACAACAAGAGGAAUAUGUUUCUUCAUCUUCUUCGUCAUUUUCAACAAAAAAUACAAAGAAUCACUUUAUUGAUGAUGAUAGCGAUGACGGAGAUGACUCUCCAAAUGCUGGAAAUUUAAUUCAAAUUUCAGUGCCGUCUCGAAAAUCAAGUAGUUCCUCUUCUUCGCAGCAGAUUGAAAGACCUCUUUCAGAGGAAGAUCUUUCCUUCCUUAAAUUGGACAGAGUGGUUUUUGACCCUCAUGACACCAACGGUGACGAUGGAUUUUUGAGUUUUGUACAUAAGAACCAUAAGAAUUAUUUAAAAGUUUUCUUGAUGACAUGGAACAUGCAGGGAUUGUCUUCGCCGAAUGAAGAAUACAUCUCAUCGUUUGUGCCCAUCAACAAGUAUCAUAUUUAUUGUUUUGGAACUCAAGAAUGUGAGAGAUCAAUAGGAACCUCUGUAAUCAUUGAUUCUAAAGCAAAAUGGGAAAAAACUCUAACAAACGUUAUGGGAGACUCAUAUGUUCCACUUGAGAGUAACACCCUAGUGGCUAUCCAUAUCAUCAUUUUUGUCAGAAAGGAGUUGCUGUCACAAAUAUCACAGGUCACUGUGUCAAGUGUUGCGACUGGACUUUACAAUCAAAUAGGAAAUAAGGGUGGAGUUGCCAUUUCAUUCAAGUUGGGCAAUCGAAAGUACAUAUUUAUUAAUAACCAUCUUCCUGCCCAUCAGGACAAUGUUAAGGAGAGAAAUGAAAGUUUUGAACGAAUCAUCAGCGGAGUUGAUUUUGAUGGCAAAAUUAAGCCAUCAAAGACCAAAGUGAAUCCAUCCGCAUCCACAACCUCACACACCAAUUUUCAUUUAUUCAAGAGAAGUGAACGACCUGACAUUUUUAAGAAGAACAAUUUUGUAUUUUACAUGGGAGAUUUAAAUUAUCGAAUCAACGGGAAUAGAAACGUCGUUGACAAGGUUUUAAAGAUGAAUGAUUUACAAGUACUUUUACAAAAUGAUCAGCUCAUUAUUGAACGAAAGAAAGGAUCAACCGAUUUAAGGUUUUUUGCUGAGGGAGAAAUUUCAUUUCCACCCACAUACAAGUAUGAGAAAAAUUCGAAUCAAUACGAUUUGAGUAAGAAAAAGAGAAUACCCGCAUGGACAGAUAGAAUCAUGUUUAAACCUUCAAAACAAGGCAAAAUUGAAUUAAUUGACUACAACUGCUUUCCACAAGCUAAAUUUUCAGAUCAUCGACCAGUUUAUGCCACCUUUCUCGUGGACAGCCCUGGUAUAUCUCUUGAAAAGCAAGAACAUUCCAAACUGUCAAGCUCUACAUCGUCCUCUGUCUGUUCGAUACAAUAA